AUGCGAGAUGCUGGGGAGUCGCACAAGGUCCCCUCAAUCAGCGAAAACAGCGUCCCCCGGUGUAAAACCCACGUGGGAAGUGCACUGAGAAAGUCACAUAAAACAGGAUUCCUCUCGUGGUUCAGGAACGGCCUGCUGGCGACCGGGAUCGGGGUCAUCGCGUUCGUCCAGAGCGAAGUGGGACGAGAAGCAGGAUAUGCCUUCUUCAUCCUGGGAGGUGUGUGCGUGUCGUUUGGCGGCGUCUCCUACAUUGGCAGCCUCCUCGCCUUGCGGAGGAUGAUGCUGCUGUCCGUGCCAGCGCUGCUGCUCCAAGGAGCCGCGGUGGGCAGCGUCGCCCUCUUCUGGCUCUGCGCUGUAUCGCUCUACAUCGGCCGGCUGGAGGUGGAGAUCAUCCACGAGGACGAGGAGGGGGAGGACGAGGAGGAGUGCCAGGAGUGCCGAGAGAGGCGCGAGCACCGGGGCUACCGAGGCUCGCAGGACAGCGAGGACAGUGACAGCAAAGGGCCAAACAAGUAGAGGUCUUCCAGGAGGGAAGCUGUGUGUGUGUGUGUGUGUGUGUGUGCGCUGCUCAGAUUCAGGGUUUCUCCUAUUUGUACGUGUGUGGAGUUUUUUUGUGCGUAUGUGCAGCCUGCAUGUUCAUAUGCAGGCAGUGUGUGAGUCUAUAGUUACAAAUCUAUCAUCUAUUGUUAUAAAGAUUAUUAUUAUUAUCACGGCGGUGGAGACAGACUUCAAGACCUUUUUUGGAAAAACUGGUCCGAAAAAUUGCUGAGAAUUGCUGAGAUUUUGACAACAUUCAUUGGUGAAUUAAUCAGCUUUUUUGUAAGAUUUCUUAUAAUUAAAUGCUGUCUCACUUGCACCGUUGAACUCUCUGAAAAGGACAUUGAUUUAUUAUUAUUAUUUGUAUUAUUUACAUUUUCAGUUCUGCAAAGAGAGAGCAUAAUUUGUUAAACCUUCACUGCACUGUAUGCAAUCAUUUCUAGGCCUCUCUUGUCAGCCACGCUGUUUGUCUUAUCAACUUAUUCAGUAUCAUUUACUGGAAUAGGCCACUUGAAGUUUUCAUAAAAAUCUUGAACUAAAACGAGCCGCCAGUGAUGUGUUGUGAGACCUCGAACCGAUGCACAUAAAAUGUGUAUAUUUCAGGUCCGUCGAUUUUUUUUUUCUCUUUUUUUCUUUUAAACUGAAAAUCUCUGAGGGCUUAGAAUUUCUUUUUACAGUUUUUUUUUUUUUUUUACAUGUUUGUUUAUAAGGGCAAUAGCACUUUUGUCAGCUUUUGUUAGUCAUGAUAGUAACUCUAGACUUUUGGAAGCAGAGUAUUUUUUCACAGCUUUCUUCUGUGAUUCUAUAUUUUGCUGCGGAUUGUUCAUAUUCAUGUACAGUACCAAACUGUAACUAGAAACCCAUGUGAGUGAAUUUUUUUACACCGUCUGGUGAUCACUAUAAUUGCUGUUUUAAUGGAUGUAAAGAGUAAUUGAUAGAACAGUUGGUGACAUUGAGUUUCUAUGUGGAUAUGGGGUUCACUAUUGUUUUGUUUUUUUGCACUACUUUCAAUGCAGCCUUCUGUACAUACAGUAAUAAAACCAGAAGAAAUCUGUGCUGAAACAAAGUCAAAGCUUUGGUGUUUCUGCUUUUUUCAUUUUUCAAUCCUUCAAGAGGUUUUUAGGCAUGUGUUGUGAGAUCAUUAGCAGGAAAUGUCAUUUUUCUUAGAUAUUCGGGUGAUCACAAUGUUGGUAAGAGCCACUCAAAUGGAUUAUUAAAUAGAGUUGACAUCACAACACCUCAUAGACGUUUCAUUACGCAACCACUUAUCCUUUACAUUUUCCCAUCUCGUUUGUCACAGACCACAUAUAUUAAGAUUAUUAGUUUAACUAUAAAGCAAUGAGGGCAACAUCCCCAUAUCUGCUGAGGGUUAAUAUGUCCAGUAGUUUUAUUUUGGUAAUUUGAGUAACACCAAAUUUGUCAGGGAAGUUUCACCACUAAAGCACAACUGAGGUGGAUUCUUAAUUAUGACCUGGCCUUAAUCAGAUUAUAUUAUGCUUACAUGGUGCAUAUGCCUCAAUAAAUUUGCAUUUAAUCAAACUAA